AUGAGGGGAAGAAGCUACAGCUACAGCCCGUCCCCCCCAAGGGGUUAUGGGAGGAGACACAGGAGUCCUAGCUCUUGGGGUCGGUAUGGAGGUCGUCGUAGGGAUCUUCCUACUAGUCUUCUGGUUCGCAAUCUUCGCCAUGAUUGCAGGCCUGAGGAUCUUCGUGGCCAAUUUGGACGGUUUGGUCCUCUGAAGGACAUUUACUUGCCCCGUGAUUAUUAUACUGGGGAACCACGAGGCUUUGGAUUUGUCCAAUAUUUAGAACCAGCUGAUGCUGCAGAUGCCAAGGACCAUAUGGAUGGUGAAAUUCUUCUUGGCCGGGAACUGACAGUUGUUUUUGCUGAGGAAAAUAGGAAGAAGCCUGCAGAAAUGAGGCACAGAGAUCGUCUGAGGGGUGGUCGGUACUAUGACCGCAGGCGCUCUCCAUCACCACGCUAUGGACGGAGUUAUUCUCGUAGUCCUGUGUAUUAUUCUCAUUCCCCCAGGCGAAGACAUCAUUCAAGGUCUGCUACAACUUCUCCUUAUCAAUUUAGAUCAAUUUCUCCUAGAGAUAGGAGGUAUAGAGACAGAUCCUACUCAAGGUCUCCUUAUGCUUCAAGGAGUUAUAGAGACCGAUCUUACUCAAGAUCUCCUUAUGGUUCAAGGAGCUACAGCCGGAGCAGGAGCCAGAGCCUAGAGUACUCCCGGCGGAUUCAGAUGUCAUCCGAUUCAUCUACUGCUCUUGACAGCUUGUUUAGAAAAGCCAUGGUAGGGUCUCCUUGCACGUAG